CCAAAAAAAUAUUAGAAUAAUGCAUCAAAUUGAAACUUUAUGAACAAAAUGUUUUUGAUCCCUCCCCACACACUUUUUUUCUCCUCCGAUGCUAAGCUAGGCUACAUUAUGAUUACAUUUCCACCAUGAAGAUUCUUGAUGAAAUAGAAAGAAAAUACGGCACCAUAUACUGACACUGACCUCCUAAAAAGUGUUUGUUUGUUGUUUAAAAUUUUCAGAAAAUACCUGAUUACUGCAGUGUUAUGAGUGUAAAAAAAAAAAAAAAAGCUCUGUGUAAACAUGCAAAUUCAUGAUUUACAGAUUGAAGUUACUCACAAUGCAACCAUUUUUAGAGACUAACACUUGGGUUUUCACUCUUUGAGUCACUGCUGCCUGAUUUGCAUCUGUGACACAUUAACAUUGUUGCAGAACUUGAUCUAAACUGCGUAGUUUGGGGCUCCAGAUUUUUUUUUUGUUUGUGAAACAGAGAGUUAGCUCCACUUUGCCCCAGAGACACAUAGUGGUUCAGCUUUUCCUAUCAAAAUGAGGAAGUGAAACAUCUGACUGUACCCUGCAUUCGUACAUCCAUCUGUGACUUACACACAGUCGAUGUCUUCAAGACAUCGUUUUAGUCACAAGCCCGGUUGUACGGUCAGCGAUCUCCUCAUCUGUCCCCUCAUCACAGCCAUGGUUAGGAAGAACUGUUCUGCUGGACGGAAGUGGGACAACCUGGUCACCGCCUGUGUCACCAUGAAGAUGAAAGUAGUGAAGACAGAAACUCUGAAAGUUCCACUUCAACAGACUGUUGUGGACAGGCCUCCAGCCUCACCGGCCAACCCCGUGACCCUGCUGACCCCACCCCUGUGGCUAUUUGUACUGCUGUCCACUGUGGGUUCCAUCCUGGUGUUGACCGUGUGGAUCAUCAUAUUCAAGAGGUCAAAGAGAAACAACGUCACACCAGACGAUGCAGAACCUGGACCAGAACCAGUUCAGAAAGCUGAGGUACAGACUGAAGCCCACCUGCUGCUGUCAGAUGGGCUCAGUCAGACACAGGCUCCAACACCCUGUGUCCACCUGCACCUAGGAGCAAGCACAGAGUCGAAGAGAGAAGGUGGACCCGUACUGGAUAAACAAUGGCUGCCCAAAUACAGCACAACUAGGGAGCAUAGAAUUCCACUUCCUGCCACAGAGCUGGGAGGAACUGCAUUAGUUACAACCAAAACAGUGUGAGCGGCGUGACCACGUGGAGGAAAUGGCAGAAGAAGAGUUAUUCGCUCGAACCACGCAUUAAAUCAGCAAUUCAGGAUUAUUUUAACCACAGAAUAAAAUGACCAGGGAGUGGCCGUGGACGACGGCUUACCAGCAUUUAAAGCAUGCCAUAAAAAUACGGUCUGUAAAAAUUUUGUUUCUGCAAAAAUUUCUUUUCUUUUUCGUUUCUCCAUGUUUCUCAUCAAAUUAUAGCGUUUUUAAAAAAU